CCUACCUUAUUUUGAACAUGACACAUCACUUUCGUUAAAUACAAGGCAUCACUCCCAUCUAAGACCGCGCUUUCGUCAUCAUACGCAAGGAACAGCCAAGCCUCGGUAGCUCUUUCCCCGUGCAUAAUUUGGAUUCAACUCACUCCAGUAACGUCAGAACGAUUUCAUCCAGGCGACGAGACCAAGCAAAGAAGCGAUCCUCCGCAUCAGUGAUGUCGGAUGUAUGAUUGACGACCACUCACAUCGCUACUGGCGAACCCUCAAUCCUUCUCCGUCUUUUUUCUUUCUUAUUGGUCUCUCCGCCGCCUGGGCAAUUCCCAAUGGUGGAGCGACGAUGGCACAAGAAGUCGCGCAAUGGCUGUGAUCAGUGCAAGCAGAGACGCGUCAAGUGCGAUGAGACACGACCAAUCUGCCGUGGAUGCAUUCGACGAUCUUCGGAAUGCAGUUACGCUCAAGACUCGAACUCCACACCAAAGCCGACGCUGCAUCAACCGCCCGUCAAACAAUCAUCACAGCCACACCAAACACCACGACUAUCGAUCUCGUCUUUAUCCGCCACGAAUUAUGCAAGUCCCGAUGACCCCAAUACGCCAUCAAUCGCCGCAGCAUCGCCCCUAUCUGCCGCUCCAUCCAAUCACAGCGUCAAUCAUGUCCCUUCUUACGCAGUCGAGAUGGAGAUCAUGCAUCACUUCACCAUACGCACUUGGCAGACCUGCGACGCUGCCACUUUUCCAUCAUCGUUCUGGCAGGAAAGCAUGCCGUUACUGGCUAUGAAGCAUGACUAUCUCUUGUUCGCUCUAAUGAGCUUCACUUCUUUGCACAUGGCUUUUCUGCGCCUUCGCAGUGACCCGGAGGACACAAACGGUGAGGCUGCACGCUAUACUUCGCUGGCCUUGAAUUACCGUGACCGCACCCUCAAGAUCUUGCCCACGCUCUUUGAAAACCCUUCUCGUAAUCAGGCUGAGGCCUGUUUCUGGGCGUCCGCCCUCAUCGGCCUGAUCGGAUUGGCUACAUUCACAACACCUGCUGCGCGACAAUCCUCGGCCAAGGCUCAGCUGCUGCAAGUGUGUCAGCUCUGGCGCGGUACCGCAACCAUCGGAGCCGUAUACGCGCCUGUCGUUGGAGAAGGUUACGCGGAGUCCUUCAAUCCCAUACCGGAUGGGGUCCCAGUCGGUACUAGAGAGAUAAUGACCGUGCCUGUUGAAGAGUCGACCAUCCACCUCCCCACACUUCAUCCUGGCGACGACGACCAUUUCCACGGCAUCCCAUCGCCAAAUCCGAGGGGAGUAGCUGCAGCGGUAGUUGCUGCAGCUCGGAGCGAAAGUGAUGAAUUGCCCAUCAUCUCUCCAAUUGGUGGCACACCUGUUGCAAACGGAUUCAGCCCCUCCUCCGCAUCAGACCUGGAUCUCCAUUUCGAAGCCAAGAUCUUGCAACUACGCCAGCUCAUCGUCAGCACGGCUCUACCGCACGCCAAGCUCACUCCUCUCCUCACGGCCAUCGAUGACUUUUCUCGCGCACUCGUGCUGUACAAGACUGCGGGCUCUGAGUCCGGGAUCAUGGCCUGGGGACCCCGUCAGUCGCCGCAAUUUAUUGAGGACUUUCAACGCGGAGAUUUGAACGCCUCGCUGAUCGUGAUUUUUUAUGGCGUUGGACUGCACCUUGUCAGGCACGUCUGGUACGUCUCGGACUUGGGCGCGAAGCUGGUGGCGGAAUUGAUACCACUCUUCGAGCAGGACUUAAAUUUGGCGGCGGCGGCGGCGGACGGUGGGAGUUUUGGGAAUCAUGGCAUUAACGCGGUUGAGUUACCACUACAGCCAAAGGUUGAGGAUGGCAUGGAGAACAUGGAUCUGGAUGGAGUCACAGCAGAUCACGAUGGUGUCACGAUUAGUGGUGGUGACCGUAUGGUUUCCGACGGUAAUGGCACUGCGAAUAGCAGCAUUUCGGGUGCAAGUUCAGGCAGCGUCAAGGGCACAGGCGUGAACGAGGAAGCUUUUUCUCGAGCGAGGGAGAAGGCUGCGUUGAUCCGUUGGGCGAUGGAACAGAUCGCUUCGUGAGGGAUAGUCCGAGAUGUUCUCAAUCAUUGAAAGUCGAAGAACGACGUACAAGAGGAAAUCGAAGGUCAUAUACAUGAGGAUGGAAAUGUGCCGCCCUGGCUAAAA